GGCGGUCUUGAACGUCCCCCUGGUCCUCAUUGUGCAGCCGAGGAAACAUCGCAAGGUUUCGACGACGUUGGUAUGAAAUGGCAGAAACUGCUUGUGUCACGGAAGCACAAAGAUUAGGUUACGUAGAAGCUACACAUGUAUUCUGCGAUGAUCCCGGCCUGUUAGUGUGAGGGAAACGGGAGUGUAUCCGGAGGAAAAAGGGAUUAAAGAGCUGUUUUUCUCCUUUAAAAAAAAGAGAAACGUCCGGGUUGUGUCUCCAGCAGGCAGCAACGGCGACUGCGGGUCGACACUGGUGGAAUUAACCGGAGAGGGGUCUUGCGAGCUCCACUUGAAUGCCCAGUCAUAGCGUUCGUCCAAGGCUUCACCAUGAACCGGAACAAGCGUGAAAAGGAGUACUACAGUAUAGAUGUGGGCGAUUCAACUUUUAUGGUUUUAAAGCGCUACCAGAACCUCAGACCCAUCGGAUCCGGAGCACAGGGAAUUGUCUGUUCAGCGUAUGACCACAACUUGGAGAGGAACGUCGCCAUCAAGAAGCUGAGCCGGCCGUUUCAGAAUCAAACUCAUGCGAAACGGGCCUACAGGGAACUGGUGCUAAUGAAAUGUGUCAACCACAAGAACAUAAUUGGCCUUUUAAAUGUAUUCACACCACAGAAGACACUGGAAGAAUUCCAAGAUGUGUAUCUGGUGAUGGAGCUGAUGGAUGCCAACCUCUGCCAGGUGAUUCAGAUGGAGCUGGACCACGAGAGGCUGUCCUACCUGCUCUACCAGAUGCUGUGUGGAAUCAAACACCUGCACGCUGCUGGCAUCAUACACAGGGACCUGAAGCCCAGCAACAUCGUGGUGAAGUCUGACUGCACACUGAAGAUCCUGGACUUUGGCCUGGCCAGGACAGCUGCCACCGGCCUCCUCAUGACGCCCUACGUGGUCACCCGCUACUACCGCGCCCCAGAGGUCAUCCUGGGCAUGGGCUACCAGGCCAACGUUGAUGUCUGGUCUGUUGGCUGCAUCAUGGCUGAAAUGGUCCGGGGUAGUGUGUUGUUUCCAGGCACCGAUCAUAUCGACCAGUGGAAUAAGGUGAUCGAGCAGCUGGGGACACCGUCUCAGGAGUUCCUGAUGAAGCUCAACCAGUCGGUGAGGACCUACGUGGAGAACAGGCCACGGUAUGCGGGCUACAGCUUUGAGAAGCUCUUCCCUGAUGUCCUGUUCCCUGCAGACUCUGAACACAACAAACUGAAAGCGAGCCAAGCUCGAGACCUACUAUCCAAGAUGCUGGUAAUAGACGCUUCGAAGCGGAUCUCAGUGGAUGAGGCUCUCCAGCACCCUUAUAUCAACGUGUGGUACGACCCGACUGAAGUGGAGGCGCCACCACCCGCGAUCACAGACAAGCAGCUGGAUGAAAGAGAGCACACAGUGGAGGAGUGGAAAGAGUUGAUAUACAAAGAAGUGUUGGACUGGGAAGAAAGGACAAAGAACGGUGUCAUCAGGGGACAGUCAGCGUCCAUAGGUGCAACAGUGAGCAGCAGCCCCCAGCAGCACCACCAGCACCACACCUCCAUGUCCUCCUCCACCUCUGUCAACGGCUCCUCUAUGUCCACCGACCCAUCCCUGACCGACACUGACAGCAGCCUGGAGAUGGCCAGCGCCGCCGCCGCUGCUGCUGCUACAGCCACCGGCCCCCUGGGCUGCUGCUACAGCAACCAGCCCCCUGGGCUGCUGCAGAUGACUAUCAUCUACACCUCCUCCUGGUCCUGGUCCUGGUCCUGGGCUGGGCCUCGCCCCCUGGUCACAUCCAAGACCACUAGCCCAACACUGGCUCCUGGCCCCGCCCCCUGCAUUUGUCCCCCCUCCCACAUCCUCUCUGUGCUUGUCUUCAGUAGUGUAGCGUUUAGCCAGCCAGAUGUUUAAGAAAUAUUUUGAUUUUUGAAAGGACAGAUCUUUUUUUUUUCUUUUUUAUUAAAGUUAUAGUCUUUUUUUAAAUUAGGAUUUCUUUUCGUUUGAGUCCUAGCUGUAAUUUAUUGUGGCAUUUCUUAAUUUUUCAGAAACCUAAGAUGAUGAUAAGAGAAUUUUUAUGAUUUCACUACGUUCCGGUUUGUAUUAACCGACAGUGAGAAUUUAAAGAAAUAUCUGUACAAUGUUUUAAUGUGAUCUAUUUUUCUGUUUAAAGUCAUUUGUUUCACUUGUAAGCUACUGCUUUUACAACUUGCCAUAUAAAUGUAGAUUGAGUUUGUACAGAUUUUAUGGUAGAUGUAGUUUUAUCUUCGAUACAAGUUUGCAGUGAGCCAUUGAAACAUAAUUGAAUUGCAAGACGUAUGGUCUUAGUACUCCCCUUAUCUGUUUUAUCUCCCAUAAUAUGGAUAUUGUUUUAAGUUCAUAUGACAUAUCCAUUGAUUUGAACUGAGAUCAUUUAGAUUUACUUGUAAAAUUUCUUUUUCUUGUGAGUCACUACUACUUCCUACAUUGUAAAAUUUAAUGAAAGCUUUAUAAUUUACGCAUUCUUCACCUCCUGAUCAGUCAUGAUAGGACUUCAAAAUGAUUUUCAUACACCAUCUGAUUCAUUUUACCUUCUGCAUUUAAGCUAUGGGAUCGAUAAUGGCACAGUUAGUUCCCACAAGAUAACUUGGAGCUCUUUGAUGACUGUCUUCUGUAAUUUUAAGUGCUUUAAAGUACCUCUUCUUGUCUGCAACAGGCUGUGUGACCUUAUGGAACUGGAUUGGUGGUAUUGCUUCAGAGGACUGGAUGCACAGAGCUCUUUCGCGUUCUCCACUGGCUUGCUUUGACAGUGAGCUAUUGCUAACAGUACGGAAUGUUUAUUGUUGUGCUUUGGGAGGUUUAUCGAGACAUAGAUGAGUUGUGUGAGGUCGUAAAAUUGGUGACGGUGUAAGUAGAAUGUUCUUCAGUCAAGUAGGGAAUUGUGAUUUUGAGAACGCUUGUGAACGUGUCGCUAUUGGGUGUUUCGGAGGGGAAGUGAUUCUGCAGCCUGAUGGGAGAGUGUGAAAACAUGUCAGCUUCCUUCUACAGAUCCUGUUAUUAGUAAUGUACUUUUGUGAAUUUGGAAAAUUGCGAGUGAUUUUUUUAAAAAGUUGGCCUAACACUUUGCAUACCAGACUUGCCUGCAGUUGUAAAAAAAGAACCUAAAACUUAGCAGCACAAAUAACCAGAGUCAAAAGAAAAACAAAUUAUUCUCGGUAUGCAAUAAUAGUGCCCUUUUUUUGAGUUUUUUUUUUAUUUAGCAUUGAAAGGAAAAGUGCCUGUUUGUCAUUCAUUCCUGAGUACAUGGGUAUUCAUUACGUGUAGGUUUUUAUGGCGUCUGGUUAACAACGGUAGUUUCCAUAUCAAACCAAUAAUGUAUGAUGGGGUUGUAGUUCUCACAAAUGUAUUGUAUAUUUUUCUACUUGUUUUGAUUUUGACCCUCGAGCGGGAGACCGUCGUGUCUUGCAGGGUAAGAAGGUGAUGAUGUAUACGUUGAGAUGCUUAAGCACGUGUUUGAGUCAUUUCAGAAGAAAAGGCAGUUUUAUCAAGGUCUUUCAUCAAAGUAAAAAGAAGUGUUUCUUUGCAGUGACAGCAACCGAAAUAUAGGUUAAUAAGAGUUCUUUGGCUUUUCUUUGAGUACUAAUUUAAUGUGAUGGUUGUAAGAGAGAAGAACGAACAGGAUGUUUUGAAAUUCAACUACUGGAUCAAACUAAAUGAGGGAACUCUGCGGCUGCAUUUUUGUCAGUAUUUUGCAAUGGUUUUGGAUACUGUUUACUGUUGGAAUUGCAGAUUGAUGUUUUAGUUACAAACACACAUCUGAGAGGCAGAGCCAAACGACCACGGUGUUUCUGGCUAAUUCAUUUUUUAAGUUCAAAGUAACACUUGUAGUACUAAGUGAAAAAGUGCUCUAACCAUAGUAAGUCAAUUUAAAAAAAAAAAAAAAAAAAAAAGCCAUAUUAGCUAAGAGCUAUCUAGGCAAGUUGUGUAACUUUUUAAGUUCAUGAAUAUCAUGGUCUUAAGUGAAAAAAAAACAAAGGAGUCCAUGCUAUUUUGCUCAAUUUAUUGAGGUUUCAUGCAGCCAUUCUGCCUGCUUGAACUGUUUGCAUAACUAAAAUUAUCUGCAAGAAGCAGAGUUGGGAUGUAUUGUACUGUCAUGGAUGAUGAGCAGGUGUGGUGGAUGUUGGCACAAACAUCCCUGUGCAAGGAUUGUUUAAACGUGUAACACAGCACUGUGUCUAGAACCUGUCCCAGUCUUUGAUAAGGACGUUAAGCUCAAAGCAAAGUUGCAAACAAGGUUGUCUUUAGACUGUAGCAUGACACGCUGUGUGCUCUGUGCUGUGCUCUACUGCAGCAACUAGUUACCAUCUGCCAGAUAUGUAAGGCUAAACACAGAAGUAACCAUUUACUUAACGGCAUGAUUUUUCAGAUACUGCAGCACUGUCUCCUUUAUCAACUUCUGGACUUGCACCAGCUAUUCGUAAAUCCAUUAUUAAGUGUGUCAUUCCUAAGUUCUUAGUAACAACUAGCUAGUUUCAAACUAAUGUUUUAGUAAAUCGGGUUGCCCCAUUAAAACUUAAAGUAUGCUUUAUCCAGUAAAAACCUCAACAAUGGGUAAACUGGUUGUCAUCUGAUCAUAAUCAGUCAGCAUCACAAACUAUAACAUAACUUUCAAAAUUGAUGGUUUUAAUUGAAAAAACAAACAAACAAACAAACAAUAUAGUAAAUGCAACUGCCAGUCCUUUGUAAAUGUAGAUAUGACGUUGUUUUAUUUAUAUAUGCAUACAUAGAGACGUAUGUGUUUCUGAAUUACUAAUAUCCAUACAUUUUUGAAGAAGUGAGAAAUGUCUCAAUACACUACUACCCUCAGUUUUAUUUGGUCUUUCAGUCUAACAUUAUUAGCCCGACCUUUUGUACUUUUAUGUUAUUUUUUGUCAAUUUUGUGGAAUUUAUUUUAAAUUUUAAAAACUUCACAGUUUACGUCAUUAUUAAACAGCAGUUUAAAGUGUAUGGUAAGUGUAUUGACCAUGUAACAUUACCGCUUUUACUCUUCAAUCUAAAUGGGUAAUAGAAUAGCAAGCGUUAGUGCUGCCACCAAGCUACGCAGCAGUUAACAUUUAAUAUAUCAGAAAACAUGUGUUAGCUUCUUCACUGAGCUACAAAACAAUUAACAUUAAAUAUAUCAACAAACAAGUGUUAGCUUCGUCACUGAGCUACGCAAUAGUUAACUUUUAACAAAUUAGCAUGCUAAUGUUAGCUCCGUCAGUGAGCUACAAAACAAUUAACAUUGAAUAUAUCCGCAAGCAAGCGUUAGCUUUGUCACUGACUCUGCAAUAAUUAACGUUAUAAAUUAGCAAGCAAGUGUUAGCAUCUUCACUAAGCUACACAAAAGUUAAUGUUAACAUUAAAUCAAUUAGCAAACAAAUGUUAGCUUUGGCACUGAGCUACACAACAGUUAAUGUUCAAUAAAUUAGCAAGCAAAUGUUAGCUUUGGCACUGAGCUACGCAACAGUAAACAUUUAAUAAAUUACCAAGCAAACUGUAACUUUGAUACUGAUUUAAGUUACACAAGUUAACAUUUGAUAUAUCAGCAAGCUAAUGAAAGCUUUGUCAGUUAGCUGCACAACAGUUAACAUUUAAUAUAUUAGCAAGCCAAUGUUAGCUCUACGAAAGAACUAGUUGAUAGGGUGCAACCCAUUUUAAUUUUGUGAUGCCUAUAUAUCUACUUUGUAAACACUUAAUGGUUAAUAACUACAGUAAGUUUGAACUUACGAACAGCUGGUGCCACUGGCUCCUGCUCUCUUUUCUAGUCACCAGAGUUUUAAAGGAAAGGUUUGGCCAGUAAAGUGUAUUGUCAGACAGUAGUUGUAGAUUCCAACAGCAAAAAAUUAAAGUGUCCAGCAGUAAAUGUACAGUAGUGUUUUGACAAACAAUGACUUGGACAUCUGUAAGAAGGCAGCGAUGGCAGGGAAAAUAUCAGUGGUAUGUAUCCAUGCGUCAUAUUAGCCCAUUUGUUAUAUUAGCUAAAAUAAUCAAUCAGAAAAAAAUACAUUGUCUAAAGUGCUCUUAAUUUUCGUAGCCCAACAUUAGGGGCUUUAAUUGGAGUAUUUUGUUAUGUUUUUCUUCUUCUUCUUAGGUUGUUGUUGCUUUUUUAUAAUUACCGCAUCUCUCCAAACAAUGUCAUUCUGAUUUAAGUCGGCUUUGAUGAACUACCUCACGCUGAAUUUCUGCCAGUUCUUGCAUAUACUUAGUCGCCUGCAGAAUUAGCUAUCGAAGACGUGUGAAUAACAGAUUCCAUUAUUUAUUUAUUUGAAAGUGUACUAUUUGUCGGUUUCAACAGACUUCUAGUUUUGUACAUUAUGUAUACUUCACCUAGAAGUAAGAGAAUUGUUAUAUGUAUUUUUUUGUUCUUGUUUUUUUUUUUCUCGGUUUGUUUUUUGUUUUUAAACUAAAUGUGCAAUACCUUCAGCAAACUGUGCUAGUAGUGUGUGAUGGGCCUAGCCUUUGUUAGCUGUCUCCUGAAGGUAAAGAAAAUGUUUGGUACUGUCAAUCCAUGUUUUCCUUUUUUAUGAAUAAGAUCAAUUUUUAUUUCUGUGACUUGUUUAUAGUCAUGAUGUUAUGUAAUCAGUCUUACCUGCCAAACUAAUCUGUUGGCCAAGGCUUGAUGCAGAGACGGAAAGUUCUUUGAGUCACAGCGCGGCCAACAGCUUUUGAUUUGGAAUUUGGUAAGGACAAUAAUGUUAAUAAACACAAAAAAGAUGAGUAAAUACCUACAAGAAAUCAUUAUACGUAUGGUGCUGGUUUGUAAUGUUUGCUAGUGAAUCCAGCCAUGCAAGUAGUUUUAAGAAUUCCUGGAUCUGCGCGUCCCAAAAACCGCAACCAACGAAGAAGUGCACUACUAGAAUACAUGCACUGGGAUCUGAUGAUGCCACCUCUUAAGAAAAAAAACAUGUACUGCAAAUAAAAGAAAUACACUUUGA